ACCUCAGUCUGUGUUGUAUUUUAUGAGUCCAAAAGAGACAAUUUGUGAUAAUUAUUUUGUUUAAAGACAUCAAAAUGCUCAAGUUCAUUGUGAUAUUCACCUUACUCAGGAUUAAUAAUUGUGAUCAGUGGCUCAGUGAGGAUUUAUAUGGGAAUUCUGGGUAUUCUAUCUCCCAACCGAGUCAUUUGUAUCCGAGAUCAAUAAAUGAGCAGAAUAGCACUGAAUCCAUUGAAUCUCAAGAUCUCAAAAUUCAAAUGAAUCCUCAAGAGGAAACGAAUCCUGCAGACUUUAGCGAUGUCUGCACUAAUGCAGGAUGCAUUCGGGGGAAGAUUGAGAGUGGACGUAUCAAGCCCUACCAGGCCUUUUACGGCAUUCCCUAUGCUGAACCUCCUGUUGGAGAAUUAAGAUUGGAAAACGCAAUUCCACACAGAGGAUGGUCAGGCUAUUGGAAUGCCACAUACCCAAGAAGUGAUUGUAUUCAGAGAAAUGUCUUCCUCUACACUCAACCAAUCUUGGGCUCAGAAGAUUGUCUCUACCUCAACGUUUAUCGACCUAUUGGGAAGAAAGAUAAACUUCCAGUCAUGGUUUUCAUACACGGUGGGGGAUUCACAUCAUUCUCCGGAAGUCCUGGUCAAUUCGGUCCGGACUAUCUAAUGGACAAUGAGGAAGUAAUUUUGGUUACAAUGAACUACAGACUUGGGAUGUUUGGCUUCCUCUGUUCGGGAGAUGAAGCUGUUAAGGGAAAUUUUGGAUUGAAGGAUCAACAGCUUGCCCUCAAAUGGAUAGCAGCCAACAUUGAAGCCUUUGGAGGGGAUCCUGAUUCCAUUACCCUUGCAGGACAAAGCGUUGGAGCUGCUUCGACGCAGUACCACAUUAUUAAUCCAGAUUCUCAAGCCCUCUUUCAUCGCGCCAUUAUGUUGAGUGGAGCUUUUAGUUUUUGGGCACUGGGAAAUGAUUCAGCAGUGAGAUUUAGGCAGAGUGCUCAACGGAGUGGGCUGCAAGAUUGGGAAACAGCAUCAACUUCCGAAUUGGCAAAACAAUUCAAAAAGUUGGAUGCAUUGACACUCGUUUUGGCCUAUGAUCAGCUAUACCUUUUCCCUUUAACUCCUUCAAUUCCACUUCGUCCCUGUAUUGAAGGCAACUGGGAAGGAGCUUUCCUGACGCAGGAUCCAGAGACCACAUGGGCUGAAGGGAGAUUCCCACAGAAACCUAUUCUCUUCGGAAUGGUGGCUAAUGAGGGAUCUUUUGCAGCGUCAAUAGGAGAAAAUAGUACAAGAUUGAGGAUUUUUAGUGAAAAUAUCUAUCAAUUCCUUCCAAUUCAUAUGAACUUCGAUCCUAGAUAUACGCAAGAUAUUUUGGACUUUUACUUCGAUGGAGAGGACUACAUCAACGCCACGAAUGUUCAAUCGUACUACCAAAUGUUUGGAGAUAGAUUAUUUUAUCAUCCAGUCAUAAAAUCGAUAAAUCAAUAUCGGAAAUAUGCUGACUCACACAAAAAUCCAAUUUUCAUUAACAAAUUCGGAUUUCAGAGUUCCUACACAUUUGUUAAGCUUAUAACAGGGCAGGAUAUAAAUCUGGGAGUUUGUCAUCUGGAUGAUCUCAUCUACUUGUUCAGCAUGACGGAUUUCUUCCCAGUAAUUGAACCUAAUACUCCAGAAGGACGAAUGAGUGAUGUUCUCGUACACACAGUGGUUAAUUUUGUUGUUCGUGGAGAAGUAAAAGAAUGGGCAAACUUAGAACCUUGUACGUCAGAGACAAAGUCCUUCUGCGACUAUCAAGCUUUCACGAGAUAUGAGGAAAUGGAUCCUAAUUCUGUUUUAGUUUCCAUUUCAAAUAAAAUUGAUGAAGAAAUGAUUGAAUUAUGGGAUAAAAUUGGAUCAUAUUUUUGAAAAAUUUGUAUUUAAGGUACCUCCUAUACCUAUUUAUUAGAUUUUAAGGAAUGUGAAGUAUACAAUAUCCUUCUGAAAGUAGUAGGCAAAGAUUGGUGAGCCUCAGUUGAGUUAGUUCAAAAGAAUAUUUACAAUUUUGGUUUGAGCUUUUAACGUUUUUGUGUGUCUUAAGAAGGACUUCUUUUCAAUUCUUUUUUAUGUUUUUUUUUCUAAGAUAUUUAGGUACAUUUUAAAUAUUUUUUUUUUAAAUUAAUUAUCAAAUGAGCAUGGAAAUAAUAUUGUUUGAUCUCUUAAGAAAAGCCUCAACUUCCUGAACUUUCGCCCAUAUGGUAUAGUUUUCACAAUCAGAAGUCAGGUUUAGGGUAUUUCUUGUGAAGAAUUAUUACUUAGGAGUUAGGAGGGAAUAUCUCAAAUACGACCUUUUUCUCAUGACUGAAUCAAUUAUCUUUCAAUUUUAUCAUUCUUUCACUAUUUUGUAAUAACAUUAAAAAUAAAAGGAAUAAGUCCA